AUGUUGGAGGAUGGCUUAGGGGACAGCCAGCAGGCAACUGUUCAAUCGGUUGCCCAAGAGUUCGAGGUUGGGAGUGAGAAAAUACAGGAGAUAACGAAUUACUUUGUUAAGCAGAUAAAACAUGGUUUGAAAGACAAGCAUGCUUAUCAGAUACCCUCUUUUGUCACACAAAUCCCCAGUGGCCGAGAGAAGGGCCUUUUUCUUGCAGUCGACUUGGGCGGUACAAAUUGUCGAGUUUGUGCUGUUACGCUUCAUGGCGACUCGACUUUCGAUGUGUUUCAGAGGAAGCACCUUGUCCCUCAUGAUAUUCGAGUGCAUUCAAGUCAUAAACCUCUAUUCCAUUUCAUCGCCUUGAAGAUCCAAGACCUUCUUCGUGAGCAUAAGAGUAGUGGGAGUAGUGACAGUUUGGAGGCAUGCUUCAAUCUUGGCUUCACAUUCAGCUUCACUUGUGAACAGACAUCCAUUUCUAGCGGCACCCUCGUUCACUGGGACAAAGGAUGGGAUAUCCCAAGCACCCUGGGUCAAGAUCCUUGCGCGUUACUACAGGAAGCGAUUGAUGAGAUCUCAUUACCAGUGCGAGUUCGCGUUUUGGCCAACGAUGCAGUCGGAACGCUGCUUACUAGAGCAUAUACCUCGAAAACGAAGAACUCUACCUUGGCAUCUAUAAUCCUCGGGACCGGCACAAAUGCUGCGUAUAUUGAGCGCAUGUCAAACAUCCAGAGACUCGAUACAACGGCCGAUCGCGCACACCACUCGAAUAGUGACGGGUUCAUGGUAAUCAACACGGAAUGGGGAUCAUGGGACGACGGGCUGAAAGUUCUUCCUCAAACACGGUUCGACAAACUCGUCGAUGAGUCUUCUUCAGAUCUUGGAUGUGGUCUUCUUGAGAAGAUGGUCUCCGGCAUGUAUCUUGGGGAGCUACUGCGCUUGUCACUCUUGGACCUGAUGCGCCACGGUGCAUUAGACAUGUCAUUUCCGGAUGGAAGCCCCGUUUACAUACAUAUGGGUAUCGAAAGCGCAUUCUUGUCCAAGAUUGCAGAGUCAAAACCAGAGAAUUCGCUGUCAGCUUUGUCCUGUAUCACCGACACGCUAGUAGCAACAGGUGUGACAUCGAGGGACUUGCGAACUAUCCAGAUGCUGGCUACUGUUAUCGUGAAACGAUCUGCUCGAUUGGUGGGUGCUGGUCUUGCUGCAAUUCUCAUACAGUCUGGCAGGCUUGAUACUUCAGGUAUGUCUCAGAAGACGGGCCUGGGAGCUCAUACACAUCAAAUACAAGACAAGUCGACAUCAACGCAGAUCGGCAGCCGGCGGAACACCUUGACUCGAUUUAUACGGCGAAUGUUUGGCUGCAUACGCCCAGAAGAGCCAUCACCCAUUUCGACAAGCGGAUCGUCAUAUGACUCCAAAGACACCCUCGAGUUUUCAGAACUGGCAGAUGAGGUGAUUGAUAUCGCGGUCGAUGGCUCACUUUUUGAGUUCCAUACUGCUUUCGAGAGCUUUAUGCGUACUGCUCUGCACGACGUUGAAGCAAUUGGGAAGGCCAACGAAGCAAGGAUAAAAAUAGAGCUUACAAGAGACGGUUCUGGGACUGGUGCAGCACUCAUAGCUGCAGCUGCAGCAUAA